AUGUCGAAAGAAGGCGAUCACCAAUUGCCCGCUUGCCAGAAGUGUAGGCUGCGCAAGGUCAAGUGUGACAAGCAGGCGCCCAAAUGCUCAAACUGCACCAAGGCCAACGUCGCCUGCAUCGUUGUCGAUCCAGCCACCGGAGAACAGUACGCACGUGACUAUAUUCGGCACUUGGAAGAGAAGGAACGUUGUCUGAGGCUGGGGCUGGGCGACGUCGACGACAGAGGCGCUCCAAGUACUUCAGCCUUGACCGAGACAUCCGACGCUGUCGAUGCUCCGUCAACAGGCCCGAGCACAGUCACGAGCUUGGGAGCCCAAAAUGGCUUUGUCGGGCACGGUAGUGGAUUGGGCUUCCUGCAAAAUAUUCUCUCCGACACCAAGUGGCAACCUCACCGCGGUCAAAUUCUCGAACAGCUCGCGAGGCGCCCUCGGAUUGCUAGACAUCAAGCCGUGCCAAACGCCCUUCCACCGCUGGCACAGGCACAACAACUGCUCGACAACUAUUUUGCUCGGUUUCACGUCCAUCAUGCUUUCCUGCUUCGCAGUGAAAUGCUCGACAUCAUCAGCCGCGUCUACUCCAUGUCGCCAUCCGCUGGCGUUUGUGCCCAGGAUUUCUUUCGUCUCUUCAUGGUAUUUGCCAUCAGCGAUACAACAAGGCAUCGCGCUAGUCAAGGCGCUGAUGUCAAUGCCAACCACCCAUAUGGCUACUAUCUUGCUGCUGAAAACUACCUGGCCAACACGCCCUUGAUCAAGGACCCGGAUGCCAUCCAGAAUCUAUUGCUAGUGGCGAGGUUUGGCAUGUAUCAUCAUAUAGGUGCCUCUAUCUGGGAGAUAUCUCGUCUCUGCAUGCGCCAGUGCAUUGAAUGGGGCCUCCAUCUCGGAGCGCAAAAAGGUCUAAAUCCAUUGAAAGAGCAACAUCAGCGACGGAUAUUCUGGGAGUGUUAUGUGCAUGAUCGCUACAGUUCCGGGAUUCUGGGUCGCCCUUUUGCUAUUCUCGAGUCUGAAAUCACCAUGCCACUACCGAUAGAUGCCGGUGAUGAGACCAUCAUCACAAGUGGAGCGGCUGGUCUUGAAAAUGUUCCUAUUACCACAAAUACGCACCCGAGCGAGCUUUCAGUCAACCUGUUCUGCAUUAAGCUGCGCCGAAUAAGCUCUCGCAUACAUUCGGCGUUCUACAAUGGCCGGAAGCCGGCAUCAUACAGUACUUUGGAUGGUAGCCGAACGCCAGACUUCCGAUCGAUUGGCAAUGUCUACUCUUCUUUUUCCCAGUUCCACGGCGAGCUUGAUGCCUUGAGGAUGUCAGCCCCAGUAUUCUCAGCUCCUAGCUGUCUAUACGAGCGUUCAGAGUGGCACGACUUCAUGUAUGAGAAAGACCGCCUUCUCCUUGCCCGUGGAGCCAUGCACAACAUUCCAGCACGGCAGUUUUCUGGUGCAUCCAUACUCAACGAAAUCCCAAGAGCAUGUUACCAGUCGGCAACCCGCGUCAUAGAACUGUACGCCGAUCUCCAAAACAAAAAAGCCAUCACCUGGACACGGAGUUAUUUCCAAGUCAUCUUCACCGCUGGACUCACCAUAAUCUAUUGUGCCAUACUGGAUGUGCUGAAUGAACAGCGCGGAUAUCCAGGCAUGGACAUGAAAACUCUGCACGCGCUUGACACUUGCAGCUCCUUACUGGAUUACUUCAAGGAAAAGAUGCCCGAUGCAGCGUCUUUCUCAACAGUCUUCAGCGUCAUCAAAGCAGAUUGCGUCAAGGAUUGUUUUGCGCCUCUACCCUGGGCACCCAGCAUGUCAAGUUACUUUGCUCCAAAUAAUCGACAGCAGCCACCAGAUGAUACUCUCGAACCACAGCUGGACCAAAGAUACCCUUCAAUAGUGGAUUCACCACAGCACAGCGUAGACGCUACCAGAGGUCGGUAUCUGCUACCAACUGAUCAGCAGUUACAGCGAAUUAAUAGGCAUCAUCCAUCACCAUAUGACUCCACGGGUAUUCCAAGUGCCCAGCCCCCGCAAGAUUUUGGCAUAAGUCUUGCAGACAACAUUAUGAACCAGCUAGAAUCUGGUCUGGGUGAGUACGCGUGGGGUUCGCUGGAUACCGAAAUCAAUCUGUGGAAUAUGUUUGAGAAUGAUUAA